AUGUCCGCCGACGAAGAUACGGAAUUGAGGGAUUUGGUAGCCCAAACUCUUGAAGCCAACGGGGUCUUGGGCAAAAUAAGGGCUCAGCUGAGGUCGAGUGUGUUCCUUGCAUUAGAAGAACAAGAAUCAAUUAGGUCAAAACAGCCCUUUGUAAAUAAGGAUUUCCAGAAGUUUAUCAGUACAAAAGAAGGUCGAGUAACUACGGCUCUGGUUAGGGAAUUUUUGGAGCAUUUUGGAUUAGAAUUCACAGUAGCGGUCUUCGACCCAGAAACAGGAUUUAAAGACGAAUAUGAAGGACGAGAAAGUCUGUCGAGAGAGUUAAAUAUUGUUAAUUCAAAUGAGCCACCAGAUGGCCCGUUACUUGCCCAGGUUGUCCGGACAUCUGCAGACCCAACAGUUAGCCGAUCAAAGCACGGAUCAUCAGAUCAUGACAGCUUCCAAUAUAUGCUCGGUUCAGAAGCUGAGUACGUCAAAAUACCAAAGGAUCUUACCUCACGACAAAUCGCUGAUGCCAGGAAAAAAUUUGCAUAUUAUGACAAAGAUAACAGCGGUUACAUAGACAAAGAUGAGCUGAGGAAUCUCUUCACAGAUAUGUUUCCACACUUUCAUCGAAAUAUGUUAGAGAGAUAUGUAAAUGACGAAUUCAGGGCAGUGGAUCGAGACUUUAGCAAUGGCAUCGAGUUUGAUGAAUUUCUGGCCAUGUACAAGCGUUUAUUCAUCCUCUGUAAGAGCGUUGUGUCCCAGGACGUUGCUGAAAUCAUUCCCAAUUCGCCCACCAAGAAAAUGGACACAAGCCAUUCAAAGAUUCCAUCCGCAGCUUCACAAAAGACGACCAACAGCUCAAUGAGUCCGCCUUCAUCGCUCAGCAUCGACACUAAAAAUAAGCGCAACCUGGAAGCUGACAAGUCCGCGCCUACGUCCAAACACCAAGCCAACGGUCUCAUCGAUUUAGGCAGCGAUCCAGAGGAUGACCCAUUCUUUGAUGACCCGCCGCCAAAACCCGCUAAACAAUACGCAAGCAGUGGUACAGCAAAUGCAGCGCCGGUGAACCUAGCGAAAUCGGGAAGUGGUACAGUGGGGAUGAGUUCUCUCAAGGACCUCCCCGCUCUUGGAGAGAAGUCUGGGAGCAGUGGUCUGGGCAACUUGAGGGAUGCUCCUCCUUUGCCGGGUAUGGAGUCGAAGAAAAAGCAAAAUGGGAAACCUUCUGACCUUGAGAAGGAUAUCAAGGCUAUCGAUAGAAGAAUAGCUGAUUUAGGUUUUGAUGUUCCAGAAGAUGAUGACUAUGAUGAUGACUUCAUCACAAGCUCAGGUAUCAGCAAGCUAAGUGCGCGGUCGGAGAAGUCCGAGAACAAGAGUAUGAGUAUUGCCGAGGAAAUCGACGAAGAAAUCGAUGAAGAUAUCUCAGGGGUUGAUGACCUACUCAAAAGCAGCCACAGUGGUUUUGACGACCUUACUCAAGACCAGUCCAUAUCAAUCGAGGGCAAUGGAGGAUUUGAUUAUGUGGAGGACGUGAAACAAUGAUCAGAAAAUGUAUCAAAGACACAAGAGAUACUGUUGUUUAAAUGCACAAAUAUUAAACUCACGUCAAGUCUUAUUCAGCUGAGUCAGUAACUUUCAGAAACAAAAUCAAGAAAUGAUUGGAGUUCUGACAUAGAUGCCGAAUGUUUUUGAACGAUACAUAUCAUUCCAAUCCUCUUUUGUUCCCUGGAAGUUACUCACCAACAAAGCAAUAGCAUUCCGCGAAGAUGACGUCACUGCAGCUGCUGCCCUCUAUUUCCCCAUCGCUGAAUUACAGGCAAUGUGGACAAACAUGCGGUUUCGUAAUGGAUUCAGGCUUUCUAACUGGGGCAAUUAGAUUCAAUCUGGCACAUGUCCGAAUGUUGGAAAUACGACAUAAUUGUUCUGAAUAUUUCUCUCUCUGACUCUAUGGUAUCAUCCAUGCUAAAAACAAUGCAGGGUCAAAGAUAAUUGACUUUGAAAUAAGCUCAAAUGCGUAGAAAUAAGUGUCGAUGUCCGACUGUCACGUGACUAAAACGUCAUCAAUAUCUUAUUCAAAUGACCUUGUGAGCUAUAAAUAGUAACGUCGCGGAAUGCUAUUGGGCGUUCAUUCCUGGUUGUUCUUUGUAGAACUUGUUAUAUGAGCUGGAUUUUUCUACUGGUACACUGGUUUCCCCAACUUGUUACUAAAAAGGACUACAUUGCAUUACAAAAUGGAAGCAAAUAUUGCAUAUUGUUAAAAAGAGUUACAUGUAUAAUUAUCCUGUGUCAGGACGUCUGUUUUAUUUGAAUGGAGCAUGUCUGUAGAUGUUGUUUGAGCACUUGAAAGGUAUAAGUUUUGUACAGAAAUGUAGACUUUAGGAGUAGUUGUGGUGGGGCACAGCAUGAGUGACAUCAACCCCUCUCCCUGUCCCACAGCCAAGGCUAUAUUCAGUGUAUAAUAGCGAUGAGUAACUACUGAAAAAUAUACUAACAGAAUAUUUAAACCAAUUGCAAAGCUGAAAAAAUACUUAUGCUGGGCAUAAUCUAAAGGGUUUUUAUUGGUUUGUACUGCAAUUGGGAAGUGAUACCUUCUUAUAUUGGAUACAAAUUAGAAAUGAUUUGGCUCCUGUUGUAGUUAGAUUGUCAAAGUUGGCAUGUAUCAUCAUCAGUCCUCAGACUAUUAGUAGAUUACUAUUGUUUUUCUGUACAUGGGAGAUAUUUGUGAGCAUUUCAUUUUGAAUUUGCAAAUCUCUGCAAAAAUAUCUGGCCUUGAAAAUGAAAAUCUAGUUGAAAUGACUGUUUUAGGGUUCCUCAAAACCGAAUUGGCCGCAAAAAUUUCCAGGUUAACGGUGUUCUCCUGUUUGGCAGGCCAAGGGAGCUUGCUGUAUGAAAUGUUUGUCAAAUCCAAGUUUGAUUGACCUUGAAAAUCUGCCUGUUUUGAAAAGUUGCGUCAAAUUUGGUGCCAAUUUGUAAAUUUGAAAGAAGCUUGUGUCUUUUGGUCCGGAAUUAGUUUCUUCUUUACAAGAGAAUCUCAGAACCCCUAAUAAGCGUUAUGUAAGUACACCUUUCAGUUUUUGAUUGAAACUACAAACAAAAUUGCUGUUUUUGUUGGUGUGUCAUCACGAUAAAUGUAAGACUUAGUCUCUUGUCAACAUUGUACUUGUAGGAACAGUAACUGUGUUCUCAAGAUACUAAAUUAAUCCUGCGCCAAAAGGGGAAUUUCACAAAACCCUGGAUGGCAUGGAUAAUGCAAGAGGUUCAUGUACCAUAACGGCAAAUAUUUCCGAGUUUCCUGUGCACUUUCCCCACCUGACAAUCAGCCAUAUGAACAAAUUUUACUAUUUUGGUCUGUUUAUAUGGACUAUUCUUUUCAUUGCUUCAUUUAGGUCUCUACAGUGUGUCCCAGAACAAUUGAAAAUUUUCCAAGUUGCAUUGAGUCUUGUAUCGCCUUGUAAAUCAUUCAAAAUACGCUCAGGUCUUUUCAUGAAGUCUAUUUCGUUGCUGUAUUGUUGAAAUUGACAGUCACUAGGCCUGUAUCCACUACUGGAGCGCAUAGUUUUGUAACUGAUUACAGAAACCUAACUGUCAUAACUCAAGUGGUGUUAUUAUAACUGAUGUGAAAUCUUCUCGAGAUAAAGUGGGUUGAUCUGGAUGAAAGGAAAAUUAUCUAUUUCUGAUAAAACCAACAAAUUGACUCUUUGACUUGAACUCGAUAGUCUUUUGUUAAUCUUUUAGACUCUUUCACCAGUCUCCUCCAUUCACUCAUUACAGAGACUGGUACUUGCCGGCAAUUCACUCGUCAAUGAACUCGAUAUGGGGGCGUAAGCUUCCUGUGACUGGUCACGUGUUUUUCUGUAGAAUGGGUAACCUCGAUCCAAGUGAAUAAUCUACAAUACCAGAGCGCUCGGUAUGACAGUGCAUCCACUGUAUGCACUGAAAAUGUAUGGCUCGCCUCGGGUGAAUCAACGAGGCCUCCUCGACCCUCUGCUGAGUGGCGGAUAGGGUUGAGGUUACCUGGACUAUUUAUCUUUAGGAUUUUUAGUCUCCACUGCUGCUUAGUGAUACCAUUUCAGUAUAAUUAACUAAUGAAUUAUUAUAAUUAAUUGAUAAUUUAUGGUUUAGUUGUAAAUUUAUGUCGACAAUGAUGAUGUGUAUCUAGUAUGGUUUGAUUUAUACUAUCGAUAUCAAAUAAAUUUAGCAUCGAUAAUGUGUCAUUGCGGGGGUUUCAAUUAGAAUACAGUGGAAUAUCUCUCUUACGGACACCCUCAGGACUGACAAGUGCUGUCCUUAAUAGAGAGGUGUCCAGAUUAGAGAGAUCAAAUUUAAGGGAAACCUCCAAUUUGGGACAAGAAGUAGUGUCCUUAAUAGAGAGGUGUCCGCUAAGGGAGGUUCCACUGUAUAUGGAUAAAUGCUCAUGUCACUACUCUUUUCAAACUGAAACUACCCUUCCAAUAAUUUCUAAAAAGUUCAAAAAUUCAGGGAGGACGCACUUACCCGGGUUUAUAGAAUAGUCUACAUAGUAUAGGCUAAUAUCACUGCUAGGCUGGUGAGAAAACACUCUAGCUAAUGUAGUGGCAUGUGCUUGGUCAGACCUUUUUUCUUUGAUGAUGAAUUUGCAGUGCAAGACAAAAAAGGGUUAACCACUCAUUUGUACUUCGUCAUCAAAGAACAAAAAGCCUGGCCUUGCUGAUAAAUUAACCCAUUGAUUCUUGUACGUGAGUCUGUACAUUUGAUAGAUAAUUGCUAAAAUCACUCUAGGGCUUACAAAACCGGGUAUGCAUGCUGGAUUCAUUGUUAACUGAUGAUUGACUGAGCGAAAAAACACACACAGUAGAACCUCUCUGUUAGGGACACCAUCGGGCCUGACAAAUGCUGUCCAUAAUAGAGAGGUGUCCUGAUUAGAGACGUCAAAUUGAAUGGAAAGUACCAAUUUGGGACCAAAACUAGUGUCCUUAAUAGAGAGGUUGUCUUUAAUAGAGAGGUGUCCGCUAAGGGAGGUUCCACUGUAUUGGGUAAUGUACAGCAGUGAUAUCAAGAAAUAAUGACUCCCCAAAGACAGUUGAAGAUACGUCUUCCUCGUUCAUCAAAAUGUAGAACUUUCUGUCAGUUUUAAGGUGUAACUAACGACUUCAAACACUGUAAAGUCUUGUGAAAAAGGUGAUCCACCUAUCAAAAAACCCUUUUGUCACCAAAAUUGUUGAGAUGACCCAGUUUCCAACACCACAUGUAUAAUCAGAAUAUGAUUCUUAAGAAAAGUGUUAAAUCACCAAUUAACAACAUAUCGAUCUUACCUCAGAUUUUUUGACUUUGUUGUAGUACACACAUGUACUGUAGUAAAUGUAGGAGACAAAUUGUU